GAACCGUUUACCACAGUACCUGAAAUCUCAAAGCUAUGAGUAACUCUCCAAAGAAGGAUGUCCCAGUUGCCAUUCACUGGGUGUGGGUGCAUGUUCUACCCAAAGCAGAAAACAAACCUAUGUUUCUCCUGCGCAGUCGCAAGCACGAAGAAGUCCUUCGUUUUAAUGAAGGAGGAGUGAUAACGGAAACUUUGCAAGAUGUGUCAUCGUCCGAGACUCAUCAUGAGGGAUAUUUUUGUACGACCAAGUCUUGGGAUGAACUCAAGAAGCUGGCGAAGGCGGAAUGGGCAGAAGAAAAGAACAAAAAAUCGGAAAAUAAACAUAUUUCGCCACAGGGUUUCAAAUUCAUGUCACAUUUUGUUCAUGAAGCUACGCGUCGGGAGGUAAUCUAGGCUAUUGAGGAACGAGGAAAAUAUAUUCUUGAUCUUAUUGGAGAUAUGGAGACAGAUCGUCUUUACUGGCUCUCUAAACUUGCAAAGCUGCAAAGGGAAAUCAACCUUAGACCAGCCCCAGGUGGACGUAAAAGGGACAAAAAAGAUAUUCUUGAGGAGAUGAAUGGAUACAAAAAGGAGUCAGGGAUGAAGAUGUUGACCAAACUUAUCAAUGAUCACUAUCAAAAGCCAAGAAAUGAAGAUAGACUGCCCAUAACUCUAACCAAAGAUAUGGUUAAUAAAGCCGUAAGGUUAAAGACCGCCAAAAGCAAAGCUGUUUCGUCUCAUAUCUCUCAUAAGUCUUAGACGCACUACGCAGACUACUUGAGAUUUAGAUGUAAGAUAGUUAGAUUGUUACAAAUAGAUGUAGAACUAGUCCCAAUUAUAAUCA